AUGUUCAAAUUCAAAAUUAUUAAGCCUAUCAAACAGACAGCUUACUUAAGACAGAGUCAGAAAAUUAAAGCUAGAGGGUACAUCCUGUAUGAAGAAAUAGCAGAUAAAAUUGACUAUCUUGAAUUUUUUAAAGAAUUUGAGUUGUUAGAUACUUUCUACUCAUGGUUCACAGUAACUGAGUUACAUAUUUGGAUGUUGAGUUUAAGGGCUAUGGCAGAAGGUGAAAAUGGGAAAGAUCUUAGGAAUGCUAUUGUGGAGGCUUUGUGGACUGAUGUCGCACAAAGGGUUAAAAGAUUAGGGUCAGGUAGUCCAUCUAUGUUAAGAAAACCAAAUAGUAGAAUUAUCAGAGCAAAUGCAAGCUGCAUUCAUAUCUUACGAUGAAGGUAUUCAAUCUGAUGAUAUAGUGUUAGCUGGAGCUAUAUGGAGAAGAUUUUACAAGAUGGAGCAUGCAGAUCCUUCUAACCUAGAUAAACUUGUGAAACAUAUAAGAAAACAGGUCUGUGUUUUGGAUAAUCUAUCUUCAGAAAACUUAUUUAAGAGGCGCCCAUUAAUUGGUUACCAGUUAAAGAAAGUUAACAUCAUCAUAUUAGUUUAAACUUGAUAUAGAAUAAUUAUAUUGUACAUAGUUGUUGUAUUGUAUUUAUUAUUGAAUAAAAUUAAACACUAAA